CCGCCCCUGCCCGUCUCUGCGCCGGAGGAAUGAGGCGGUGACGCUGCCGCUGCCGCUGGUACCUCGGGUGCCCGGUGCCCGCUGGAGGUGAUGGGCGUCCUGCGGCGCUCGGCACUCGCGCUGCGCUGAAGAGGACAUGUGUAUUCGAGGGCAUCGACCUCCCUUAGGAGAAACAACGUUUCCCGACAUGUACACCGUGUCCGUCUUCCUCCCAGUGCAAGAACACUGUUAUUAGGGACAUUAUCUGAGAGAUGGGAGGUUAAUUGUCGUUCUCGAAGGCCACGAACCUCCAGAUUACCUGCUGUGACUAUAAAUCAGAACCCCCCACCUCGCUGGGGUGGAGUUGAGAAUCUGCAAACUGCUGCAGUUGGGGAACCGCCGGACUGGACUGGAGCAUCAGAGCCUCAGUACGGGAUCGGCAGGUUAAUUUGGCACGAUGGGGAUACAAGGAUUACUGCAAUUUAUCAAAGAAGCUUCUGAACCCAUCCACAUGAGGAAGUAUAAAGGGCAGGUAGUAGCUGUGGAUACGUAUUGCUGGCUUCACAAAGGCGCCAUUGCUUGUGCUGAAAAACUGGCCAAAGGUGAACCUACUGAUAAGUAUGUAGGAUUUUGUAUGAAAUUUGUAAAUAUGUUACUGUCUCAUGGAAUCAAGCCUAUUCUUGUAUUUGAUGGAUGUACUUUGCCUUCUAAAAAAGAAGUGGAGAAAUCUAGAAGAGAAAGACGACAAACCAACCUUCUUAAGGGAAAGCAGCUUCUUCGGGAGGGGAAAGUUUCAGAGGCCAGAGAAUGUUUCACCCGUUGUAUCAAUAUCACACAUGCUAUGGCCCACAAAGUAAUCAAAGCUGCCCGGGCUCAGGGAGUAGACUGUCUCGUGGCGCCGUAUGAAGCGGAUGCACAGUUGGCCUAUCUUAACAAAGCUGGUAUUGUACAAGCUAUAAUCACAGAGGACUCUGACCUCCUCGCUUUCGGCUGUAAAAAGGUGAUAUUAAAAAUGGACCAGUUUGGAAAUGGGCUCGAAAUUGAUCAGGCUCGGCUGGGAAUGUGCAGACAGCUUGGAGAUGUGUUCACAGAAGAGAAAUUCCGUUACAUGUGUAUUCUUUCGGGCUGUGACUAUCUCUCAUCACUGCGUGGGAUUGGAUUAGCAAAGGCCUGCAAAGUACUGAGGCUAGCCAAUAAUCCAGAUAUUGUAAAGGUUAUCAAGAAAAUUGGACAUUAUCUCAAGAUGAAUAUAACAGUACCAGAAGAUUACAUCAAAGGAUUUAUUCGGGCCAACAAUACCUUCCUUUAUCAGCUAGUUUUUGAUCCUAUCAAAAGGAAACUCAUCCCUCUGAAUGACUAUGGAGAUGACAUUGAUCCUGAAACUCUAAGCUAUGCUGGGCAGUAUAUUGAUGAUUCGAUAGCUCUUCAGAUAGCACUUGGAAAUAAAGAUAUAAAUACCUUUGAGCAGAUUGAUGACUACAAUCCAGACACUGCUACGCCUGCCCAAUCAAGAAGCCGUAGUUGGGAUGAUAAAACAUGUCAGAAGCCAUCUAAUGUUAAUAGCAUUUGGCAUAGGAAUUAUUGCCCUAGACUUGAGCUGCCUAUUGGUCCAGAAGCUACAAGAUUGAAAGAAAAUCCGAGUACCGUGGGCAUUGAAAAGGUGAUUAGUACUAAAGGGUUAAAUCUUCCAAGGAAGUCGUCGGUUGUGAAAAGACCAAGAAGUGAAGAGCUGUCGGAAGACGACCUGUUGAGUCAGUAUUCUCUUUCAUAUGCAAAGAAGACCAAGAAGACGAACUGUGAAGGUAGUAAAUUAUUGAACUCUUCCAAAACAUUUAUGCCUGACCUGGUCGACAGAGCUACUAUUAAGAAAACUGUAAGCACACCACCUACAACGAGAAAUAAAUUUGCAGCAUUUUUACAGAGAAAAAAUGAACAAAGUGGUGCAGUUGUGGUUCCCGGAACCAGAAGCAGGUUUUUUUGCAGUUCUCUGGAUCCUAUGGACUGUGUAUCAAAGAAAGCAAGCACUCAGCCUCUAGAUGAAACUGCUGUCACAGACAAAAAGACCAAUAUAAAUGAAUCAGAUUGUCUAGAGGGCAGGAACUCAGUUGAUCUGAAUGAAUCAGGUUGUCUAGAGGGCAAGAACUCAGUUGAUCUGAAUGAAUCAGGUUGUCUAGAGGGCAAGAACUCAGUUGAUCUGAAUGAAUCAGAUUGUCUAGAGGGCAAGAACUCAGUUGAUCUGAAUGAAUCAGGUUGUCUAGAGGGCAAGAACUCAGUUGAUCUGAAUGAAUCAGAUUGUCUAGAGGGCAAGAACUCAGUUGAUCUGAAUGAAUCAGGUUGUCUAGAGGGCAAGAACUCAGUUGAUCUGAAUGAAUCAGGUUGUCUAGAGGGCAAGAACUCAGUUGAUCUGAAUGAAUCAGGUUGUCUAGAGGGAAAGAAGCUGUUUGAUGGGAAUGUAGCACAUAAUUCAAGGGAUCAGAUUCCAGAUGAUGUAACUGUGAUAGCUGAUGAAGAGUCUCAGUAUUUUAAGACCAGCAAAUUCACAAGGACUGUUUCCCCACCCACUUUGGGGACACUAAGAAGUUGUUUCAGUUGGUCUGGAAGUCUUCGAGAUUUUUCAAGGACUCCGAGCCCCUCUCCAAGCUCCACAUUGCGCCAGUUCCGGAGAAAGAGUGAUUCCCCCAGCUCUCUGCCUGAGAGGAAGGUGCCUGGUGUGUCUCAGAUCAAGAGUGAUGAGUCGGGUGAUGAAGCUCAUCCUUUACGUAAACCGGGCUGGUCUCCACAGUCUCGGGAAAGUGUAGAAUUACCACCACACAACUUAAAUUCACGUUCUCAGCUUGCGACUAAGGAUUUCAAUUCACAGGUUUCUGGGCUGUAUAAAUCUAGUUCUGCAGACAGUCUUUUUACAACCAAGAUCGAGCCUCUGGUACCUGCCCGAGUCAGUGGACUGAGCAAGAGGCCGGCAAGAAUCCAGAAGAGGAAACAUCAUGAUGCUGAGAACAAGCCAGGAUUGCAGAUAAAAAUCAAUGAGCUCUGGAAAAAUUUUGGAUUUAAAAAAGAUUCUGAAAAGCUUUCUUCUUAUAAGAAGCCAGAUCCCCUGUCUCCAGUCAAAGAUAAUAUUCAACUAACUCCAGAAACAGAAGAAGACAUAUUUAACAAAUCUGAAUGUGCGCGUGUUCAGAGAGCGAUAUUCCCGUAAACGGGCAGCUGGGCAGCUCGUGCCCACCGAGACUUGUCCAUCUGCGGUCCUGCUUGGACAUGAGGCCAUCACCAGUCUGAAAGAUUUGUUCUUAGAUAUAUAACCCUUUUUAAAAUAGAGUACAUUUUGUAUAU